CUGAUUUUAUCAGUUACACCCCUCAAAACAUACACACCUGUUGAGGUGGAUGCAAGAGUACCACCUAUAGCUAGUGCUGAGAAAGUGAAGAUGCAUCUUAGACUACUACAUCUAGGUAAUAUAGCACUAAUAUUGAGCUACUGCUAUGUCUGUGUGCAAAACAAGACUACUAACAAAGUGCUGAGUGUUCCUGUGACUGGACAAAAUGACCUAGUGUUCAACGAAGGAGACAAUCCAUGUAAGGUAAUAACGAAGUACUGCAAGAAGAUUUCAAAACGGGGUUCCGAAGAAACGUGCUUUGAUCAACUGCAUUCAGCAGUACUCCCACAAAUGACGCAUACCUGGUCUAAUUUCAAACAAAAACUGCGUAUAGAUGCAAGUUUCUUUAUCAAUUGCAACAAUAAGGUGCUCAAAACACCGGAGGUGAUUACUAUGGAUACAGAAAAUCUGGGAUAUGAAGCAAAUAAAACUGAUACAGUACAAGAUAUGUUGAGGUUACUACAGCGAGCCAUGCAGAGAGACAAAGAGGCAUUAGCAACAUUCAACACGAAACGAAAUGAAUUAAAGCUUUCAGACACUGAGAAGCUUGAAUUAUAUAGGGAAGCGAUUAUGCUGCUACCCAACAAUCUAUUCAUUGUGGAUCAGCUGGGAUUGGCACUGUUGUUUCUAAACCAAGAGCUUGCAGCAAGAAAAUUAUGGGCCAACGCAGUAAACAGAGAAUUAUGGGGAAACCCAUUGCAGCGUCCAGUGUCACGUUAUGUCAAGGGACUCACUUCAAGGCCAUGGUACAAUACAGCCGAAUAUCCAUUCAUAGCCCGACUUGAAGCUGGAUACAGCGAUAUAAAAGAAGAGUUACUAUACAAUUUAAAAGAGCGCUCAUACAUGUUCACAGAAGAAACAGAAAAUUUACACGUUGGCGGUGAUUGGACUGAGCUGCGGCUUAAAUCUUCAGGCUAUGGGUUUACUGAGUAUACACAGUACUUUCAAAAAACUAUGUCUCACAUACGAGGGUGUGGGCAAGAUUUCACAAGUAUAAAGUUUUCUGCUAUUCAACCAGGCACACACAUUCGAACUCACACAGGGCCAUCAAACGAGAGGUUGAGAUUACACCUAACAUUAUUACAUAGCGGUGGAGCACGUAUAAGAGUCGGAACUGACUGGCAUACAUGGAAGGAAGGGGAAAUAAUUAUGUUUGACGACUCAUGGGAACAUGAAGUUAUUCAUAGUGGUACUAAAAUCAGAGCAGUACUUAUAAUGGACAUAUGGCAUCCUGAGCUUCCUUCUGAAAAGAGAAUUGCCCAUUAGACUAACAAUUAUGUGAAAGUAUAACAUUUUUACUGAGCAAACAAUAUUCCAGAAAUGUGAUGUAAUUAUAUUGAAAACUAA